AAACCGCCGCGACCUCUCAGCGUCUCAGUUGAAGUGGAAGGAAGAGCGAGCAACCCCUCUCUCCCCGAGUCUCUCUGAAUCUCUGGAAAUCCAGAAUGGCGAAAGGUGAUGAUGCAGUGAGGAAGAAGCAGAACAAGGUCAAAAGAAAGAAGCUCCACAACAAGAACGACCGCUCUUCCUCUGCAAUCUCUGCCCGCGUUGCCUCCAUUAUUGCUGCCAAGAAGCGCCGCCAUUCCGGUAAACGCCGCAAAUGUCAGGGUAUGUGCUUUAGCCUUCCUACCCUUGAUGAUCCCUUCAACGACAGGAAUGAUGCAAAGGAUUUUGAGAAGAAAGCAACCAAGAAACCCAUGGUUUCACAUAAGCAUAAGAAUGUGUUUUUGAAUGAAAAAAGUAAAGAAACUCUCGAUAGUUAUUGAACAGCCUGUUAGAGUAUCUCAUUUUUACUCUAGGUCAUUAACCUUGCCGCAACAUGUCCUCUGGCACUGAGGAUAAGGAAUGUAUCAUGAACUAAUCAACCAACUUGCAAGUAAUAAAAUUGCCAUGGAAGACUUUGUUUCA